UAGAUUUCUUAAACAAUUCUUAAACCUUUUUUAAUUUAAUUAAACAAAAUAAAAUCCCCCUUUGCCCUUUAUAAUGUAGCAAACUCAAGUCACUCACUGCUACCUCCGAACCACCGCCACCACCACCACCGCCGCCAAAUCUCUCUCUGUUCUUUUUGUUCUUUUUUUACCACCCAUCAAAUCAGAUAAUUCAAUUAAAAUUUUGAUCUAACCCUAAUUAUUUUUUUAGUUUUUUUCUUAAUUUGUUUUGGACAAAAUUGGUAAAGAUUCAUCCUUUUUGAGUACCCACAAGGGAUAUUCCAGAUUUUACGUUAAUUCUUUAGUUUAUGUCGACCCUUUUGUUUUCUCAUUUUUGUAAUUCAUUUCUUGAAUUUAGGGUUCAUUCUUAGUAAAAUCUUUUAAAUUUCCAAAGAAAUUGGAGAUUUUUAAUUCAAAUUAGAUACCAUCUUUAUUGAUGGUGUAAUGUGAUUCAGCUACUAGUUAUGUUAAAGAAUCGCCAUAAUCAGUAUAAAGCUCUGAUCAUGGCUUUUACAACUCGUAAUGAUUAUUUACUCAAGGGUUUUCAUAACCUGCCACAACCCAUUACUUGUUCUUCAUCAAUUAUUCCUAUUUCAAGGAUUAAAACUGUUAAUUGUAGUAUUGUUAGUGGUAAUUUUGAUUUUAGGAUAAGGAAUUGCUGCUCUGAUUCUCAGAAACCAUUAGAUAAUGAUCAGAGAGCUCGUGCAUUUGUUUCGCCGCGCCAUCAAUUGGUGCGUGAUUUGGAGAAUAGUAGUAGUUUCAGCAGUGAAAAUGGUAGAUAUAUAAAUGGUAAUGGGACUUGCCAAGGUGGUAAACCUCACGGCUUCUCGGCGUAUCCUGUCACUGGAAAUAUUGUAGUUGCUGUUGAUGUUGAUGAGGUUCUUGGGAACUUUGUAUCAGCUUUGAACAGAUUUAUUGCUGAUCGUUACUCUUCCAAUCAUUCAGUAUCAGAGUAUUAUGUCUAUGAGUUCUUUAAGAUAUGGAAUUGUUCACGGAAUGAAGCUGAUAUGCGUGUCCAUGAGUUCUUUAAGACAUCAUAUUUCAAGUCCGGAAUCUACCCACUCCCAGGUGCUCAGAAAGUGGUUCAUAAGCUGUCAAGAUUUUGUAAACUGUCUGUUGUGACAUCUCGGCAGAAUGUUAUCAAGGAUCACACAAUUAACUGGAUAGAGAAGCACUAUCCAGGUAUAUUUCAUGAGAUUCACUUUGGCAACCACUUUGCUCUAGAUGGGGAGUCCAAAUCUAAGUCCGAGAUAUGCAGGUCCUUAGGUGCAACAGUGCUAAUUGACGAUAACCCUAGAUAUGCGGUUGAGUGUGCUGAAGUCGGAAUCAAGGUUUUACUUUUUGAUUAUGAGAACUCGUAUCCUUGGUGCAAAAUAGACUCGGUUGAUCAGCAUCCCUUGGUCACUAAAGUUCGCAAUUGGGAACAAGUGGAGCAACAAUUAGUAUCAUGGUUUUCUUAGUCUUUGUUGAUUUGAAAACAUGGACUCAUGAGAUAUCAUCGAUCAGUUCUUGAUAUAUGACAACUGAUACUGGUGCCUGGAGCAUAGGUUGAUACUGCCAACGAAGCAGACCUUCUGUUCUGGUUAUUGGGAACACGUAUAGAGAGGGCGGCUGAAUAAGGUAUAUGAGUAGCAACAAAUCUACGAAGCAAGCUAACGAUCUUGUUUAUUUCAUUCUCUAGAGGCAAGGCACGUAGAUAAGAAGAUAUUAGGGUGCUAUUCAAUUGUCUUAAUGUGAUCAAGCCAAACACUGGCUGUUUGUGCUCCUCAUUUGGAUAUAUUAAAUCAUGUCUGUUACUUUUUCAAA